UUCUGUGGUCAAAGUUGUCAUUCAAGUUUUAAACGUUGUAUUUUCUGAUUUCGUGCUAUUUACACAUUGCUUUUUAUUCCGUAAGCAAAAGCAGAAGUUUUCUUAAUUAAGUUGCCAAUAAUCAUUAACGAUGGAGCCCAAACCGCAUGACAUGAUCUCGUGCCCUUACAACAUGGCUCACCAAGUUGAACAUUACCGUAUGCACAUACAUCUACAGAAGUGCCGGAAACAGCACCCGGACAGCAAGAAAGUACCGUGUCCGUUUGACGCAACACAUGUUGUUAAUGAUGUUGAGUUAGAUUACCAUGUUUCGACUUGCCCAAAACGUCAUAUGUUGGAUACACAACUAUAUGUGAUGGAUGACGACCAUCGACCGACAGUGCCAGUUGUACAGUCAGCGCCAGACACCUCAGACGAUUGGGAGAAUGAAUAUCAUACUUCGUACAAACCUGACUUUUCAAAGAAAGGUGCUCACAUGAUAGUCAAAAUUAAAGGUGCAACACCAUCGGAGAGGCGCAAGGCUCGUAUGGAAGCGAUAAAGAACUAUAAACCGCUCGAAUAAUGUUCAUUUGUAUAUUAAUGAUUAAAUUUAAGUAUUUUUGUAAAAAUAUUGCUUUUUUUCUUAUUAAAGUUGUAUCAGUGAUCUGACUCUGACCGACUCUUCCAGUGGAAAUUGACCUUAAUUUGUAAAAACGUUUAAGAAUUAAAUAUGUAUAUUUAAAAAUAAAAAACAAGAAUUUCUCUUUUUUGUGUUCAAACUAUACAGGGCGGUUUUUUCGGUGAUCGUUUGCAGUUUAAUUUAUAAUGUAUAGGUAUUUUUGUCUUUUAGGACAAAAGAAACUCAUAAUAAUUUUAUUCUCCUAAGCAUUAUGCGAGCUAAUGUAAACUAAUCUAGUUUCGGUGGACGUUCGGCUGUACCAUGGAAUCCGACACUACACUAGGAGGUAAUUCCUGCAUGGAUGAAUGGAAAUUGAAUUAAAUUGGAAAUUAUUCGUAUUCUCCUAAACAUUAUUCAUUGUAGUCUGACUGUUGACAAUUCCGCCACGUACUGAUUUUAGAAUUAUUGUGUUAGCCAAAUGCUAAGGAAUAAAAAAAAAUCUCAAAAAACAAAAAUACGUAUCCAUUGUUAUGAAUUAUCGGAAAUAUCUGCACACCUGUCUAUUAUGACGUCUUGCAAACUUUAGAGAUAUAAAAAAAUACGAUACAAAAAUAAAAUAUUCUGUUCGUGCGUAUCUAUUUAUUUUUAUACUUUUAAAUCAUCCGUUGUUUAUAAGGUAACAGUUUCGGAAAUGUUUCUACGCUAGACAUGACGAGGGGGAACGCAUUCUAGCGAGUUGCGCAGAUAUUUCCGACGGCUUCUUGGCUUAAAACAACUUGAUUUUGUUUUGUGUAACAGUCCAUAAGAUUUAAAUAGUAUUACAAUAAUUUUUAUAGUAAGUUCCUUCACGAUAAUUCGUUAUUAAAUGAUGUAACGGUUUUCUGACACCGCUGCCUACGUCAAUACCGACUGGCGACCCAGCCGCGUCAGCUCAUGAAGUACUCCGGUUGGGUCUGAAACUAGUCGGGCUACCCCGAUAAAUACGCGUGAGUAAACCGUUGCAUCAUUUAAUAGUUCAAAUAUUUAGUUUUGACUUCCACUUAUGUAAUUCAGUUUGUUUGUAAUUAAAAGCUGAGAUUGUUAAUUAAAGUUUUUCUUUGUAGAUACCUGCGUUAAGAGGACGCACUGACAAACCCUCUUUAAUUCAUUAUGUAAGGUCUAGGGUACGUUUAACUAUAUCUGAUUGUUUAAUAAAUGACAAGAACAUUUGCA